CGCACUUGCAAGGUUGGCAGAAAACGAGUGUUUACAUUAAAACAGCUUUCGUUUUACUAUUUAGUACGUAAACUAUUUGAAGAGCCUUACACGUUCGCAUGUAAAAUUAGUAAUGGGGAACAGAUGAUUUCCUGAUCACUGCUGUUUAUUUGAAAUUUGUUUGUGCUCAUGUAAAGCCAAUUGCUUAGUCUGCUUGUUGAAAAAUGUGUAAAACGAUUUGAGUGAAGGUGUAUGCAACACAACCUUUCAUGCAAAGCAUUCGAAAUAUGUUGCGGAGUAGCUUGUUGAAAUUUGCGUGACACCAGCAAUAGCCAUUACAAGUACAACAAUUUAGUACAAUUACGUACAUGCGGAAUCAAGUUCAAUUUUUACCAAAUAUCCAUCUGUUAUAUUCCAUCUUAAUAUCUUUAACACACACGAAUAUAUUGCAUGUACGAAGAAUGUCAAAAUUUUUGUAUGAACGAUAAAAAAAAGCCACAAACGCGGCAUAGUGUGGCUCAAUCUUAAUUAAUUACAUUGUUAAACUGUAAAAAAAAUUCAACACACAAAGACAAGAAAAAUCGACGAAAAUAUGUCAUUCAUCAAUAACCUGAAGAAAGUCUUCCAUUUGGGAGGUGGCGAAGCCAAAAAGAAACGCCAUUGUAACAACAUAAAAAUGGACGCCGAUCCCGCAGAAAUUUGGGAAAUUGUUGGCGAGCUAGGAGACGGUGCUUUCGGUAAGGUAUAUAAAGCCCAACACAGAGAGACCAAACAAUAUGCAGCUGCUAAAAUGUGCAUUUUGGAGGCCGUCGCAGACUUAAGCGAUCAUAUGGUAGAAAUCGAUAUAUUAUCCGAAAUCAAGCAUCCUAAUAUAGUUGAGUUGUAUGAAGCUUACUUUAUAGACCUCAAAUUAUGGAUGCUUAUCGAAUAUUGCGAUGGCGGAGCCCUAGACAGUAUCAUGGUUGAGUUGGAGAAACCUUUGAAUGAACCCCAAAUCGCCUACGUGUGCAAGCACAUGACGGAAGGUCUUGAUUUUUUGCACAAAAACAAAGUAAUUCAUCGUGAUUUGAAAGCUGGCAAUGUCUUAUUAACGAUGGAUGGUGGAGUAAAGCUGGCGGACUUUGGGGUAUCCGCUAAAAAUAAACAUACUCUACAAAAGCACGAUACUUUCAUUGGAACACCAUAUUGGAUGGCUCCUGAAUUGGUGCUCUGUGAAACGUUUCGUGAUAAUCCAUACGAUCAUAAGGUAGACAUUUGGUCUUUGGGCAUAACGUUGAUCGAACUAGCACAAAUGGAACCUCCCAAUAGUGAAAUGUCGCCGAUGAGAGUAUUGCUAAAAAUUCAAAAAAGCGAUCCACCAAAACUAGAUCAACCGUCAAAGUGGAGCAGAGAAUUUAAUGACUUUCUUAAAAAUGCUUUAGUAAAGGAUCCCCAACAGAGGCCAACUACGGAUAACUUAAUGCUACAUUCGUUUAUAAAUCGAGAUAUUGAUUCGAAACCGGUAAAGGAUCUCUUACUCGAAUAUAGAGCUGAGGUGGUAGAGGAGGUAGUGGACGACGAGACAGAGGAACCCCGCAACUCAGCGCUCCGUCUAGACCUGGACGAUGACUCUUCAUCGUUGCAGAGCCAAGAUAUUGACAAAGCACCAGGCACUCCUACUUCCGCAACCAGAGAUUCCAAAGAACAAUCUCACAAUACCAGUAAUGUGCAAGCAGUAAAACAACCUGUGUUGGAUGGUGAGAAUAAUAAUAAAACACCGGAAUUAUCUAAAUCUCCGUCCUUGUCGUCUAACAAACUCAUUAUUGAGGAGGAAAAUGAAAAGCCAAUGGCAAAUACCGUUGAAGUUUCGCCAGAUGAGAUGAAAUUGUUAACACCAGGUUUAGCGAAUAAACAGCAUAUUCAACAAUUACAAAAAAUACCCGAAGACUUUGUUAUUGCCGAGGAUGAGAGACCGAGCAUUACGGAUGAUAAAAAGGUUAUUAAACGAGAAAAAGGCAAAGCACCGCCUCCUCCUAUCAGUAUGGCAAUCAAUGCAAAGAUAAAAGAUACAGCUGCCAAAGUUCUAUUGCCGGCAAUAGCACCGAAACCGAACUCUAAUAAACGUCGGUUUAACGAUGAUAAAGAGAGUCACAAUAUCGAUCCUCUCAAUGCAGUCAGUAACAUAAAUGAAAUUCAAAACAAAGAGAAGGAGAAAGAAAGAGAAGAUAAGCUAACGCCAAAUUCUUCUGCCAGUUCCCCCUCAACAAUUUCUGUGCAUUCCAAUUCGUCGACGAAAAAUGUCAGCUCAGCCGGAAGUAUUUUAAGUACAAGUACAUCUAUGAUUACUAUAGGCAGUGAUAUGUCUUCGCCGUCACGCUCUAAUCCGGAACAACUAGUUUAUUCACAAAACCAAACAGUUAUUUUGCCAAACAGUCUAGAAGCUGGCUCUGGUCAAAUAACGGUCGUAACCAGCACUCAUCCGCCAGUUAUUAUAGAUAAUACCGCUGCACGUUCUCCUCAACAGGAAACUGAAAUUAUUAUUAUAUCAAAUAAUCUCCAAUUGAAGACAUUCAACGAAUCAUCUACCGAUGAUGACUAUCCAUCGAUGGAUGAUAGUCUAGCAAUGUCUUCUCCUCCAUCAUCUCACCAACAAUCAUCGUCAAUGAUUGUUACGCUUAGUAGUGAAAAUAAUAAUAUCGAAGAACCAGACCGAGCUUACACAUUACCGCGUUCAAGCGGUGGUUCGCAUGCUCGUAAAUUAGACGAAAGUGAAGUCUUAAUAGUCAGCCCCUCAUUCACACCAGAAGACGACUCUGCUUAUAAUACGCCUUCGGAAAGUAAUAACAUUCACGAUGAACAGCAAAUAAUGGACACAAGUCAUGUUUCGGUUGUUACGGUGGGAGAUGAAAUUAAAGUUAAGGACAGCAGUCACUUUGGCAACAAUCUAAUCGACGAACAUACAUCCGUGAGCGGUAAACGACAGAAUGGGCAACUUCGACAGCACACUUCCACUGAGGACGAUGUUAACAUAAUCGUGAAUAGAAAUCGUAAAUCACAAUCUCCACCACAGUCAAGUGGAAUUGUUGGAGAGGGCAGUGAAACGGGCUCGAUGCGUUCUAGCUGCGGCAGUGGUAGUCGAAUAACUCGUCGUGGUGGGGAGGUAAAGAUUGCCGUGGCCGUUGAUCGAAGCGAUGUCGAAAGUAUUUGCACUACAGCUAGUCACGACAGUCGUAAUGAGACUGAUGCCGAUACAGAGGCUACUUUGCCUAGAAAAGAGUCUAACGAGGAGGACGAAGUCAUUAUACGACGUAAAGCAGUUCCCGGAGGUUAUAAAGGUGGUUUCGCAUCCACUCCAGCGCCAACCAAAGAGGAAAUUGAACUUCGGAAUUUACGAAAGAAGACUAGAAAGCGCACUCGCAAAUUUGAAAUUGAUGGUGUACAGGUGACAACUACUACAAGUCGGGUGAUAUAUGGAGAUGAAGAGACUGGUCGUUUAUAUGAUGACCAUGUCUUCCGUAAACAGGAGUUACGCGAAUUGAAAAUGCUGCAAAAGCAAGAAAAGAAACAACAAAACGAUUUACAAAUGAAGGAGCAGAUAAGCAAAGAACAACAGGAUCGCCGUUUCGAACAAGAACGCAUUUCAUUAGAGAAGACGUACGAGUCAGAUAUGGAUACGUUGGCGCGGCAGCAUAAACAGUUGAUUGAGAAAACGGAACAAACGCAAGAACAUGAAUUGCGUUCAUCAUCGAAACGCAUUCGUGCCGAACAGGAGAAAGAAUUAAAGAUGUUUCGCGAGAAUUUGAAACAGGAAAUACAUCUGCUAAAACAAGAAGUCGAUUUGCUUCCAAAAGACAAACGAAAAGAUGAAUUUAAACAGCGACGAUCAGCGAUGGAACUAGAUCAUGAAGAAAAGGAGCGAGCUUUUCUAGAUUCAUUGAAAGAGCGGCACGAAUUGUUGCUGAGGCGAUUGAGUGAAAAACAUCGUGAUCAUCUUGCCACAAUACAUCGAAACUUUUUACAACAAAAGCAAAAUGCAAUGCGAACGCGUGAGGCUCUCUUAUGGGAAUUAGAAGAGAAGCAGCUGCAUGAACGACACCAGCUGGCAAAACGUCAUGUCAAGGAAAUGUGCUUUAUGCAAAGGCAUCAAAUGAUCGUGCGACAUGAGAAGGAACUUGAUCAGGUGAAGCGUAUGUUGCAACGGAAAGAAGAAGAUCUAAUUAAGAAGCAGGCUUUAGAGAAGCGUGCAUUACCGAAACGAAUUCGUGCUGAACGCAAAGCUCGGGAGUUAAUGUUCAGAGAAUCACUUCGAAUAUCAUCUAAUCUUGAUCCGGAUAUGGAACGAGAGAGGCUUAAAAAGUUCCAGGAGCAGGAUAAGAAGCGUUAUAUUCAGGAAGAGAGACGAUUCGAAAUUAAGCAUCAAAAGCAAUUAGAAGAGUUGAGAGCAACUAGAGAAAGUACUAUAAGAGAACUUGAGCAGCUACAAAAUGAAAAACGUAAAGCAUUAGUUGAGCAUGAACAUGCAAAAUUGUCGGAGAUAGAUGAUCGUCUUAAAGCUGAAUUGCGCGAAUGGAAAGAGCAACUGGUGCCACGGAAACAGAAGUGGAAUGAGUUAAUUAGUUUAAUGCUUGAUGAAUUUGAAAAGCGAUACGGUUCGCUUGAAGAUCGUAUGCAAAUUCAGAUGAACUUAUCGCAAAAGCCAAUUGAAUUGCCAACGUAUCUUGUUCGGAUAUUCAAUGGCACGUCGCGUCAAGUGCCUAAGGGAGCAUUUCUACAGCAAGCCCAUGACGGGGCACGAUCGCGUACCUCGUCACGGUUAAAUGAUAAUUUAUUUCGUAAUUCGGUGCCCGAUUUAAGUAAAAGUGUACCAACCACUCCUAUAUUCUAUAAACAAGAACGACUGAGGGCAUUAAAAGAAUUGGAAAUCAUUGAUCGGACAGCUUCCGUACCGCGUAGACAUAGUAAUAAAAUGAAUCUUUCGAAUUCAAGUGAAUUCGAAACAACAACUCUAACGAAAUGUGAUGAUACGAACAAUAGCCAGUCAGAAGAGAUUUAUCAGUUUAAUCCUGAAGACUACGAAAAGCGUGUUGUUAAAAUCAGGACUAAACCAUAUGUUUCCAACAAUAUAAAUACAUAUGAUAGGCCCAAUUUGGUAACAUUUCGAGCAUCGUUCUCACAUUCACCGCAACCGUAUGAACCGUAUGGGUCCAGUGACGAUUUUAUGCCCAAUCGAUUUUCAAGAUUAUCUAUUAACGAUGAUGAUACGACUAUGCUGCGUCAUCAGGCACAAUCACUUCUGUUUCCUUCCUCUUCUUUUGCUAUAAAACGACCAUCGCUUCUGCCCGAGCGUAGCAUGUCUGUCGGAGGCUCAAAAUCAUUGCAUAAUAUUCACGAGACAUCCGCAAAUAACAUGCAUAUGGCCAGCAAUGAAACUUUGCCUAAAUCACGUAUCGAUGAAUCUAAUUCAAGAACCGCUGCUCUAUUAAAUCAAAUAGAACCUCAGCUGCGCGCAUCGAUAAAACGUGACGAAACCUCGUUGUACGAGACGGAAGACUCAUAUGAAGGAAUGGUGCUUCGCACUGCCCCUAAAUAUAUGAUUCCAAGAGUUUUAAACAAAAUAAGUGGAAAACAGUUCAGUUUAGAGGAAGAGGAAGAUUCAAAUGCCUAGAAUUCCCAUAAUAUUCCUACACUUCUACGCCUUGCACUUAAUUACAUGCAUCUAAUACACAUAUAUAUUUUGUUUUUGACUCGUUCCUUUCUGUGUUGUUAUUAAAAAGGUGUAUGUAUGUUCAUUUGUAUUAUUAUUACAAAAAAAAAAAAAAACAAAAAACAAAAAAAAAAGACAAAAAAAAAAAACCGAAAAAAAACAACAAAGAAAGAAAACAUCGAAUUACUAAUACAAGUUUAUAGGCUCAUUGCGAAGGCAGUUCUCUCUGUCGCUCUGUAGUAAAUUUAUUGUAUAAAAAUGACAACCCAUCUUAUGUAAACACACACUCGUUUAAUAGUCAUGCAAUAAACUAUCACGUGAAAGUUGAAGUUUAAUUAGAGAAAAAAAUUCAUGAAAUCAUCAUCAUCUCUAGUGCCAUUGAAUAUAUGAGUGUAUGUAUAUAUAUAUAUAUAUAUAUAUAUAUAUAUGUAUGUACAAUGUCAUAAGCCAGGUACACAUUUAAGCUCACAAGCAUAUAUAUGUCAUUGCUAAUCUUUAUGAAUUUCGAAAACAUUCUAAAAACUACUAAUUAAUGAUUUUUCUUUUUUCUUUAUUUUUUUUUUAUUUUUUAUUAAUUGAUUUAAUGAAACGAUGAUUUAUAUAAAGAAUGAAUCAAUUAAAAAAAUUAAUUUGCAUUUAAUUCUCUCUUCUUAUUAUCAAUUCUCUAUAUAUGCAUUUAGUAAUUCCCUAUCAAGCUUAUAUGUGCAUUUAUACCAUCUAUGCUAUGCAUUCCAUUGCAUAUUUAAGAGCGCAAUCGACACUUGCAACAUCUGUUAACGCUGUUCUAAAAUUCAUUUGCGGUUAUUUGUCGUCAGCAUAUAUGAAAUUUCUAACCAAAAACAAUUGACUUUUUACGGGUAUUUUAUCCGCCCACUUUUUACCGUAUCAGAAAGAUUUUUUAUCGAAUUAUGUAUCCAUUUGAAGAAUUUUUUAAGUAAAAUUGAAUGUUUAUGAAAACAUCAUUACAUUGUAUUUUACUGAAAUUAUUUGUCCAUUGUUUGCCCCGACAUUUUCUAUAUUUCUAGCAGCCAGGGGAUUAUUCUGCAUCAAAAGAACUUCUCGUCGCUUAAGACUACUCACGAUUCGAUCCAUUUUGUAAUAUUGCAAGCACCGAAGCGCUACUCUGGUAGAGCAUGAAUGUCGGUAAUUGAAGAGGCGUAAUUAUGAUGUCUGACAAAUGCGAUUUACAUUCAGUCGACCUUUUUAACGUUUGCUUAACGGGCUUUGCUAUAUCAGAUCGAGCGAUGCCAUGCUCAAAGAUUACCAUAUCGUGUGCUUUAACUCAAUUUUUUCGCAUCACUUCUUGUCGAUAAUCUUUCCUGGACCGAUAUAGAUUUUGCUGUACCAUCGAUUUACUGGUUGGCCAGACCUUAGGUAUGGUUUUUUUCAAGUUUACGCUGCCACAGUUAAAAUACGAUGAAAAACUCGUUUGCAUCUUUGUCUUUGGAACAGUUUUUGGUUUGCAUACGAUUUCCAUUUUCUUGCUUUUGAAUUCUUUCCUAUCAUUAAAGCUUGUAAAAAAGGGAAGGGGCAGCAGUUCUCAAGAACAAUUGACGAUAUCAGGAAAAAAAGUAGAAAACAUCAAAUGAUAAGUAAAUAAAUAAAUAGCGCAAAAAUUAUAUAAUAAACUAAAGCUCAACUUUAGGCAUAGAGCGGCCGUAGUAUUAUCCAAGACGAUAUUGUUCAAAUUACGCAGUUGGUUCUUCUUGCUUACACGAACACUUCGCAGGUUUAUGAAAUCCUUGUGCUUGCACUCAAAACACAAGAAACAAAUCCAUCUCAUUUUUGCUUUGACACUAGUUUUCCGUUAUGAGAAUAACUUUGCUUUUGCUACUGAUAUGUUAUUCGGGUUAACUUACAAUAUGUUCAGUCUCACACGGAAAGCAAAUAUGUGUAAACCACUUUUACAUGCUUCCUCUUACUAAAGGCAGCUAGCAGCUGUAAGGCUUGCAUUUCGUCACCUACAAUAGAAAAAAAGUGCUUCGGUCUUUUUUGUGCUAUGCUCGUAUACGUUGGAAUGGCGUAAAUGGCCCUUGAAGGUUUUAAAAAGAUUUCCCAUCAUAUAUAUACUUUAUCAGUGGCCAAAUUUGUCAUAGUCAAUUUUUGUAUUCGUAAACCUAACUCUGAAGGCUUUCAAAUGCUUUUAUUGUGUUCGCAUAGUUAAAAUAUACUUCGGUGAAAGGCUAUGGUUUUCCAAAAUAAACCAAAUUUGCUAUGCCAACACGACUUACUUGAAUAUACCUGGUGCAGCUUUCCAUCUGCCUUUUGUUCUGCCUAUGUAGCAAACAAUUACCUGAACUUUCGAUCUGUUCCAUGGCUUUUACGCGCGCAUCGCUCUCUUGGACAGUGUUUGCCACAUCACAUUGAAAUUGU